GAAGGCACUCCGAGGCAUCAAUACGCGCGUGUCCAACGACUCGACAGACCGACUUUUUUGUUUUGCAUUAGGGCGUGUGCCCCAUGCUGUAACCAGCUUCGACCAUGAGUGCGCCGUGGCCCGGUCAGAGCAAUGGCGUCUACAUGAACCCAUCCAUGUCGUCGCUCUAUGCGAACCCCAAUUCCUCAAACAUUGAUCUCAACUCGUUUGCCCAGAAUGGCAGCAUCAACCCGCAACAAGCCUUUGGCGCGCCGCAACAGACCUACAACGUUAACCCCGUCGUACCUUCAAAACGCGCCCGACCCUCGGAAGACCAGAUGCAUCACUCGCCGCAUGCCCCGUCACAGUCUCUAGACAUGUCGCGAUCGCAAACCCCAAUGCAGGCUGGCGCGCCCUUUGGCGCAUUCAAUCCCCAGCAACAGCAGCAGCAACCGUUUCAAGCUCCGCCCACUCCUUACCAACAUCUGCAGCAGAACACCUCUGCCUCGGCCAAUGCUACGCCAUCACCAACCAUGCAGCCUCAGCAGUUCCGUCCGCCGCAGCAGCCACCGCAGCGCAUGUCAACAGCCUCGCCUGCUACUUUCGCCCAGACCAUGUCGCCGGCUCCUUCGACCGCUUCAAACAACAUGAUGCAGCCCGGCAACUUCAAUCCACAGCAGUCGUUCGGCGGGAACAACUUCAAUCCGUCUUCCUCUGCAGCCAUGAACAUGUCGCAAGGCAUCACCUCUGUACCUCAGAUGCAGCAACAAUAUCAGCAGAAACUCUACCAACAACGCUUGCAACAACAGCAACAACGCCUGCAGGCCAAUAGUAUGGCUCAAGUCCGCGCCAAUGCUGCUCAGACUGCAGCCGGCUUCAAUCCCGCAGCUGCUGCCGCCAAUGCCAGUGUUGGAGGCGCGAAUGGCAUGGCAGCUCCCGGACAACCUUCUGCGCAGUCUAAUCAACAGAAGCAAGAACAAUGGAUGCGAUCGCUGCAACAAUUCUGCCAACAGAAUAACAGACCCUUCAACCCCCAACCGACCAUCUGCGGACGACCAUUGCCUUUGUACAUAAUAUGGGUCAUUGUGUUGCAACAUGGCGGUUCCACUCGCGUCACUCAGUUCUCAGGCUGGCCUACCAUCGCCCAAAAGGUCGGCUUCAACCUUCAACAAUACCCUACAGCAGCAAAUGAGCUGCAGCAAUUGUUCGAUACUCACUUGGGCCAAUAUGAGCGCGUCUUCAUGCAAGCGCGCAUGCAACAACGUCAACAAGCUGCUUCUCUACAAGCCCGCCAGUUGGCUGGCCUAGGCGCACCGAGUCCCGCUCAAAGCUCGCCUGGUCGUCCCAACGAUCCGCUCUCGGCCCAACAGCAGACGAUGUUGCAGAUGCAGCAGAAGGCUCAACAGCAGCAACAGCAAAUGGCACAGGCUCAGCAGCAGCAGCAACAACAGCAGCAGCAGCAGCAGCAGCAGCAACAGGCGCAACAACAGCAAGCACAACAAGCGCAGCAGGCGCAACAAGCUCAGCAACAGCAGCAACAACAAUUGCAAAUGCAACAGCAACAAAUACAGGCCCAGCAACAGCAGCAGCAGUUGCAACAACAACAAGCUCAGCAACAGCAACAACAACAACAGCAGCAGCAGCAGCAACAGCAGCGUUCGACCCCUGUGCCUAUGAUGAACCCUCAAGCCACACCUAUGCAGCGCCCUGCUCCUACGCCUACUGCUAACGGGAUGACCACUCCACAAGCUGCUUUGCAGCAAUCAGCCCUGGCCGAGUUCCGCCGUACUUCAAGUGUCGGUAAGAUAGAUUCGGUACCGCCACCAGACCAGGAAGCUCGAGUCUCAGCAUCACCCGCCAUCAAAGCUCAGUCAGAAGCAGGUGGAACUCCAGGCAUCAAGCGUGAAGCUAGCGCUGCUGAGUUGAAGCACAUUACUGGCCAAGAAACAGAAUAUGAGCCUCAUCGACGAACCCUAGACUACUAUGGCGGUUACGAUAUCCUACCCCUGGCCAAACUUGGCGGCGAGAUCUCUAGACUAGUUCCCGCUGUUCCAAUGGUCGACGAGAUGGGAUUGAUAGACAUCCGGGCUCUCACAUUGAGUCUGCAGUCUGGCAUACACGCCGAGACCCGUCACGCUUUGGACAACUUGAUUAUGAUCUCCGUCGAGCCCCGUAUUAUAUUGGAUCUCGAGAAGUGUGAAGACUUGACAGACGUACUGGUUGAUUGCGGAGAGGCCCAGCUCGAUAUCCUUGCAGAUGGCGCUGCCGAAGUAUCGGACGGUCUCGACUUGCCGUCUUACGAGGAUCUUGUCAGGCUGUGUCGCAUCGAGAACGAGUCACUGCAAGAUGUUCCGGCUGUCGGUACCCAAGAGUAUGAGUUAGAUCGUGCUGCCGAGCGUCUCGUUGGCGUCACGACAUUGUUGCGGAAUUUCUCCUUUAACGAAGCAAACCACCGCCUUCUGUCCGCCAGCCCUGUUGUCAACUUUGUCUCAAACGCACUCCGUUUGUUGGGCACUCGUAACACUUUCCUUCGCAACUCGAGGAAUGUCGCCGACUUUUACAAGGAUAUCGUUACCUUCCUCUCUAAUAUCUCUGGUAUCCUGGAGUUGCCCAACCGUGACGAUGCUCUUCACAUUCUUCAGUUCAUCUUGGCAUUCGCUCCUCAUCCAGCCCCCAAGCUCUCCUCCGACUCUCCGCUACAUUUCAACCCAUAUGUACCUUUGGCGCAACGACAUCUCCCGCUGGCAGUCGAUUGUCUUGCGAAACUCCUGGCUCGUCAAGAACCCAAUCGUUCUUUGUACCGCAGCAUCUUCUCUUCUUCACAAACACCCAACUCUUCUGAAUCUGUGCCACCAGAAGAUCUGCUUACCUCGGCCUUUGCUUUGAGCAUUUCUGUCUUACCUGAACGCUCAAAACGAGUGUUCUCAACGACCGUGGAGCUCAAGAUGGUAGAAGCUAGAAAGGCUUUGCUAACACAAGGCAUGUUGGCUGCUGACAUUCUGGCAUCGAUGCUCCCGACAGCGCAAUCAUCUGACGAAUCAGACGAGAAGAAUCUUGCUCGUGCUUGGCUUGGAUCUGAUGACCGCUGGCCUGGAGGUCUACUACGUAUGGCCUUUGUACUCUCGGUCGACCGUAGUGCGCAAGCACAGAGACCCCAACCUGGACAUCCUCACAUGCAACAGCUAGACCCUGAUAUGCAGAGUUAUGGACUCAUCACACAUCGAGGUCUAGGUAUGUUGGCACGUUUGGUGGAGAAGGCUGGACUGCCAGCGUCAGAAAAGGCCAGAUCGAAUUCUGAUGACGAAGAAUCACGAGGUGAUGGUGUUCGUGAUGGCAGUGAUGAUGAAGACCAGGACGAGUUUGAUGAUUAUGACAAGCCCACGCCCAGCUGGAUAGCAAGGUGUAAUCCGGCUCCUCAGCGGGAGACUGUUCUUGGGGCUCUGCUGUCACCAGACGCCGACAAGGUGGCAUUGAAGCUGUUGUGCAAACUUUACGAUAUGGCAUCUGCCUGAACGCAGGGGAUGGCAAGGGAACGGACAAUCAAAUAAACAGAAAGUGCGAAAAAAGAACACACAUUAUUGAUCGAUCGGAUUAUGCAUAUGGGAAUAGUGGUAUAAAACACGCAAGCGACUCCUUUUUUCCCACCUGAAGUACUGUUUCUUGUUCUCUGCCUUGUAUGAUGUUGCGAUAAUGUUGGUGAUGACCAGUGAAUACGAGAUCUGUAAAUGCAAUCGUGCAUAUGCCGGCAACCCUUUUCUUGCAUCAUGCGUCCGUUUGUUUCUUGACACAAUUGAAGUUCGUAUUUUCUGCUUCAUGACUUUGCGGCUCAUCCGGAUACCGAGU